UGCGCCACAAGGUGCGUUGUCGUCGGCUGACUUAACGUCUUCUGGAGCCGCCGUGGCCGCUGACGGGGGCCUCUGUCCGUCCAGGGUAUGCGGCCGCGGUUUGUAGAGCUGGCCGACAAAGAGCAGCGCUGGGGCGACAGCCUCAACGGUUCGUGGACGGGGCUUCUGGGCAUGCUGCAGCGCGGCGAGGUGGACAUCGUGUUCGGGGGUUUCUACUGCCUGCCCGACCGGGCCAACGCCUUCCACCCCACGAUGCCCUACACCCACGAGUCCAUCUCGUGGUGGGUGCCGCGGCCGCAUCUGGUGCCCAACUGGCAGAUCCUCUUCGGGGCCUUGCCCAGCGACGCAGGCUGGGGGGGCUUGAUGGUCUUGACGCUCUCCGCGGCCACGGUCCUGGGCAUGCAGCGCGCCCAGAGGGCCGCUCUGCCUCGCGGCCCGGGCCUCCGCCCCCGCCGCGGCGACGGCGUCGUCCAGGUGAUGCUGUCUAUCGUGGGCACCGCGCUGGACCAGCCUCCGCUGGUGUUGUCGCAUGCAGCCGCGCCGCGCCUCUUCUACUUCACCUACGUGUUCUUCUUCUUCCACUUCAACAUUGUCUUCCGCACGGCCAUAACGACGCGCCUCGCGAGUCGCCCGCACCUCCCCGGGCUCUCGACGUACCACGACCUGCUGCUGCACGGCUUUGAGGUGGGCACGUCGUCGACGGACCAGGCCGUGGACCUAAUGCUGGACGACGAGGACAUGGCGUCGAUCCGCGACCUGCACAAGGACUGCGAGGUGUCGGAGUGCCUACGCAAGCUCCAGCAGCGCCACGACAACUACGGGCUCUUAUUCAGCAGCGCCGUCAUGCAGUACCUCACGCCCAAAUACUUCCUGGACAGUGCAGGGAUGCCGUACGUGGAGCGCCUGCCGAGCCCCGCGCUGCCCACCUACGUCACCAUGUACUUGCGCAAGGGACACCCCCUCGCCAUGCAGGUGGACGCGCUCUUCGCCCGCCUCGUAGAGGCCGGCUUGCCCGACGUCUGGCUCCGCAAGGCGGCCUCCGCGGAUCACAGGGUAAGAGCGCAAAGCCGGGAGGAGGAGGUGCACCGUCUACACUUACUUCACACAUCGCGUUCGGCAGGGGAAAAAAUGUGGCGGAAAUGUCCUCGGCAGGACAAGGAUGGCGAUGGCGUGCCUGACCCCGAGGACGGCGGCGCGGACAAGGAGCUGACCCUGGAACACCUGACCGGCGCGCUGGUGGCCCUCGGCCUCGGCUCCUCGCUGGCCGUCCUGGCCUACCUGGCCGAGCUGGCAACCUCCUUGGGAUCGCUCGUGGCGCGCCGCCUCAGGGUCAGCGUGUCCUGGCGGCCCGCCACCGCGGACGACAGCCCCGUGACCAGGAGAUCGCCGUCGUCCCGGCGUCUACGGCGUGCCGAUCCUGGCGCUCGCCAUUGCGGCGUCCUGAGUCCUGAGGCUGUGGGAGGACUGAGGCGGCUGCCGGUCCACGCGGUGGCUAUGGGUUCCCGCCGCCGCCCUCUUCCCGGCUUCGGCUCGUAAACUCCUCAUGCACCGCGAUGAAGGAUGGGCGCCGCCGCGCGCUGCCCGCCCCCCGGGCCCCGGGCGCCCCAAUAUAUCGGAUGCGCGUGUACGUGUGUUGUUACGUUGGGUGAUUCGAGGUGUGUGGUUAUGGGCGGGGCGGGGCGGGGCGAGCAGUUCAUGAGCAUAUGACGCAACACGCGGCGCUGCUGCGCGUGAAAUGGUUCGCCAAGUGAUGCGGCAGCGUGUAAUUUUUCAGCCGGGCCACCGGGACGCUCCUGCCGCCGGUUCCCGCCGGGUGGCCCGGCCCGCCCCUCUGUACUACACCGCCCGCCCGCCCAUUCACAUCACUAAACACUUUAUUCUAAUACCUCAGCCUCGCGGCGCCGCCGAACGCCCCGCCGCCGUCGCCCUGGGGUCGGCGUUGUGACGCAACACGUAGGAGGGCCGGCCGAUAUCAAGUGGCAUUAGUGGCAUUAGCCGAUCAACGAAUUGAGCCGUCUUUGGUGAAAGGGAGUAAUUGAAUUUGAGUGCAGCACGGCGGGCCCUCUUGUUUACCGCCGCGGCCAACCCUCGACGCGUACGUGGCGCGGCGCACGUAAGUGUGUUGUACCGCGGAGGGGCGUGGCAGUUGUGGACAUAAUGCGAGUCAUACGUGACCAUGAUCUGGACGCACAGUUUUACGAAAAAUAUGUCAUGCGGUGAGGCUGUCUCUUGUCACAUACUCUAAGUUGAUUCACUCUUGAGGAGGAAAAUGACAGAAAAUUUGUGUGCAAUUUUGUAUGCUUCCCGCGCCCCUCUAAAAUCGCGUACAUUGAACUUUACAAAACGAAACCGAAAUGAAUUAUAAAAUGGUUUAGAGGAGUAGGCAUGCGAAGAAAUAAAGUGAAAAAAUAGACGCGGCCAAGAGGCGA